AUGACGUCAUUAAAUAUAUCACUGAUCGACACAGCUAUUAUUAUUGCAACUGCCAUCUCUACAAUUUUAGUAGGAGAAUGUAAUUUACAAUCGAAAAAAUUAUUUUUAGGCAUUUCUUGGUUGCUAAUUUACAGAUCACAGAGGUACCUUUCUCUAGUGAACAGACAUUAGUCACUUCGAGUGAGAUAAAGAUAUUUGAAGAAAUACAUUGAAAGUGAACUCGCUAAUCAAUCCUGCCCAGAGAAGUACGAGUUCAAGUCAAACGCAGACUAACUCAAACAAUUGAAAAGACAACUUUACAAGGCUAGAGUCGUCUCAUCUUUUAUCAUAGGCUUAUGUAUGCUAUUUAUUAUGAAGGUUGUCUUCUGGAGAUUUGAGGGUGUUGUCGUGGCUCAUCUACCCUUUUAACCUAUUGGAAUCUUUAAACAUCUCACUCAUUCCGAGUUGGAGGGCAACGAUUACCAAUAGUGCUCAGUCGCUUUCCUAUAUUUACUAGCACUUCUCUCUCUAAGAAACACUUUAAGAAAAUUCAUUGGUUUCAAGAGACCUAGAACUAGAGAACCAAUGAGUAUCACGCUCCCUGGCAGAAUUUUCUCAAGAAUCAACAUUUCAAAGGCCAGUAUUUGGGAGAGUCCAAGAAUGGCAUUCUUCUUCAUGGCCGGAUUCUACGGAUAUUCUCUUUAUAAACUCAUGAGAAAACAUCAAUCCAUUAAACACAAGAUUGCCCUCUCCAGAAAUGUUUCAAGAUUGACUGGAUUAGCGUGCUCCAUUAAGUUGCCUGAAUUUUUAAGACCCAUUGUCUACGGAUCUUUCGGUAAACUCUAUGGGAUCAACUUCGAGGAGAUGAAGCAUGAGGAUUUAAAGUUCUACGAGUCUUUCAACAGAUUCUUCACUAGAUAACUCAAAGAAGGAGCUAGAACUAUCUCAGAGCCAGUUGAACUCACUUCAAUGUGCUCACCCUGUGAUGGAAGAGUCCUUACUUGCGGAGAAAUCUCAACUUGUGAUGCCACCAUUGAUUGUGUGAAAGGAAGGUCAUACAGACUCGAUGAAUUCAUGCUUGGAGUCAGAGAUGAGAACGAUAAGACCAUCCCAGCACUUAUUAAGAGAGUCCUCGAUAGAGGAAACAAACUUUUCUACAUGGUUAUUUAUCUUGCUCCAUCAGACUACCACAGAUUCCACUCCCCCACCAUUUAUCACGCUGAAUAAAGAAGACAUAUUGCUGGCUAUCUCGACCCAGUUAAGCCAUCCUAUGUGAACAAACACAAAGAUGUGUUUAAGAACAACGAGAGAGUAAACAUCUUCGGAAACUGGAGCCAAGGCUUCUUCUUGUAAUCCUUUGUUGGCGCCUUAAACGUUGGCUCAAUAAAACUCCACUUCGACCCAGAACUUGAGACAAAUUAAUCCGCACCAAGAGAGCCAUAUCUCUAUGACUAGUCUUACAAGAAGGUCAAUGAUAAACUCUAUGCUCCCCUUGACAAGUACUUAUUCAAGAACUAAGAUCAAUUAAAUUAAGAAGCUAAUGUUGCUGAUAGACCAGAAGGCGUUCCUAUGACAUAAUAAUCCCAUGGUUUGACAAUCAGAAAGGGAGAGGAACUCGGAUGGUUCGAGAUGGGAUCUACCAUUGUUUUGAUCUUUGAGGGUCCUCAAGACACCCAACUUCACGUCGAAGAGGGUCAAAGAUUGAGCCUUGCAUCAUACAUUGAUUCAGCUGACACAUUUUUCGUUAUGGGUGCAGCUAUAUUCACUUCUCUCUUGUCAGAGGGUAUGUAAACGUAUUCAAAAUAACCUAUUUAAGGCAUCUCCUGGUUAUUGAUCUACAGACAUCAAGAAUACAAGACUCUUAUCUCAAACGUUGAGUAGCUAUCGAAGAAAAUAGAGAAGCAAAAGGAGCAAUAGAUCUACUAAGGUGCUGCUGCCAAGAAUAAAACUCAAGACAAGAAGCUUUAGCAAAAUGAGUCUCUCUUAAAGCAAUAUCAGCAAGAUCUCUAAAAGUAAAGAAUGGCAUCUACAUUCUUCGUGGCACUAUUCAUGAUCAUCUUUGUCAGUUUACUUUCAAACGCUUAUUAAGGAGUUGUUGUUGCUAAAUUACCGUUUGAACCAAUCUCAUUCAUGAGAAAUAUCACUCAUAGAAGCAUUGUAGGAAAUGAUUAUACUGACUGCUCUAUGAUCUUUAUAUAUAUUCUAUCGAAUGUAUCACUCAGACCUAUUAUGCAAAAGUUACUCGGCUUGUCUGGUCCAAGAGUCAGCAUGGCCCAACAAGGCUUCUUCCCAACUCAAUGA